GAUUAGGGGGCGUCUGCUUCCGGUGUCCAGCCCCUGGAUUCUUGCAGUAACCAUAAAUAUUUUAUUCACAAAACCAAUACCGUACCAUAUAUAACGGUUAAAACCAUAUUUCCAAGAUUAUUCGAUUAUUUGGCACAGAUUAGUCAAAUUAUGAAUUUAUUGCCUUACAGAUUUUGUUGCAACAGUCCACUUGUAAACUUCCUUCCUGGUUUCAAGUUUUAGUUAGGCCUAAGCUUAUUUUCAUCUUAAUUCAUACUUGGUUUUACGUGAUUAAAAUGCAGCGAGCACCUACACGUCCAGCACCUCCCAGACCUGUUCCAAGACCUGGUCAGGUGAAAGUGGUCCGGGCAGUUUAUAAUUACGAAGCCCAACAGAAUGAUGAGCUGUCAUUUGAUGAAGGUGACCUUCUCUACAUCACAGACAUGAAUGAAGGAGGUUGGUGGAAGGCCAGAUGUGGAGGCAAAGAGGGGUUAGUCCCCAGCAAUUAUGUUGAGGAAGGUACUGAAACUGUUGACAACCCUCUUCAUGAAGGAGCCAAAAGAGGCAAUUUGCCCUUCUUACAGGAGUGUCUCAGAAAUAAGGUUUCAGUGAAUGGGCUUGACAAAGCUGGUUCCACGGCAAUCCACUGGGCGUCACAUGGAGGACACAUGGAUUGUCUUCAAGCACUAUUGGCAGUGCCCAACUGUCAGAUAAAUGUGCAGAACAAACUUGGAGACACCCCGCUCCAUUCUGCUGCUUGGAAAGGCCACCCUCACAUCGUGGAGGAGUUACUUAACAGAGGUGCUAGGACUGAUUUACUUAACAAUGAUAAAAAGAGUGCCUUAGACUUAGCUAAGAGUCCAGAGACAAAAGCUCUUAUCUUAGCUAAAGUGAAGCCACAGCAAAAUGCGACCGAUUAUGGAGAUGAAGAGGACUCAGAUUAGAUUUGAUGAUCACAGUCUCUGCAUUUGAGGCUCAAUGGGCAAAGUAGAGUUGCUGUCAUGAUCAUGGUGAAAUGUGAAACAGACACACCAAAUAGCGUCUCCACAGUAUUUAAACAGGGCUGUAGACUGAUAUACAAACCCAGUAAAUGCAAAGUAUUAUCAUGAUAACUUCACUACAGCAAUGUUAAUACCUGUGCCACUGGAAAAUACCGUGAACAUGAACACUGUAGGCCUUUGACAUUGGAGACUGUUGAUACCUUUUUGAGAGGGCAGCAUAAGUACUGUACUGGUACUUAGAGAUAUGGGACCAUCUUUGAUUUUUGGCUAGUGUAAAUGAAAAAUAGCUAAAUGUCUAUUGGCAGUCAAGUGACAAAUCGACCCUAGGGUCCGCACAUAUACGGAUAUAAAGAUAUAUAUGUGUAUAAGAUACAUAGAGAAAUGGAUGGAUUCAAGAUUAACCCACUAUGGUCCUGUGCAAUGUUCUCUCAUCCUUGUCAUAAGAUGACGACCAUAGUCGGUGAUUGAUAGUCCCAUUCAUUAACUUUGAGAGGGGCCACUGUGCCCUGCAAGUGAGCCAUUUUAAUCACUGCGACCGCAUGUGUCAAAAAUCACUCAUUUGUGGUUGGUCAUCGAAGGUAUUAACAACAAGGAUCUGUGAUCGCAGAGACCUGCAAUCAGGAGAAAUCCCUUAUUUGUUAUAUUGAAGCCUUGGGGAGUUAAUCCUGGAUCCACCCUGGUGCAUGUAUAUAAUCAAGACAUGACUGACAACAUUGAUAGUUAAUCACCAUCGAUACUGCCAAGUAGAUCAAUGCCAACAGUAACAUUAAUCUACGCUAGAGAUGCUUCGACAUCAGUCCACCUCAUGUAAUCUUGCUGGUGGCAUGGUUUAUAAGAUUCUUUCCAUUGGACAACCUGAUAUUGAAAACAGAGUGUGACGUCACACACUGGUUCUGAUGUCGCACACCGAUUGCCACGUCAGUUGUACUUUUAUGUGUUACGUCAGGGGAUGCCUCAUGAUGUGUAAUGGUGAACUCUCAAUAUUGUUUUGUACAGUUGAAAAAGUCUACUUUAGUGUACAUCCAUUGUAUCAUUUCACUUCAUUAAAAUGAAAGCUGUA